AUGGAGAUCGGCGCCGCCGCCACUCGCAGCAACCCCUCUCCCCCGAAAUCGGCCGCGUCGGGGCUCACUUACCGAGCCUCGCACUCACCUGCGGAGCCUCCGGGAUGGCUGGGGGUGGGGGCGCGCGGGGCUGGAGCCGGCGAGCGCGGGUUGAAAGCUAGCCAAGCUCUGCAGCGCCCGACCCGGGCGUAUACGCCGCCGCCAGUCCCCGCAGAGAAGUCGUCCUCCUACCCCCGCCUCCAUCGCUCUGCGUUUCUCUUCCAAUCAGCCGGUCGCUUGGCGGCUCCUCCAUUCUCCGGCCAAGCCCGCUGCGUAGAGCGAGCUCCACUCUUCCAUCUGCUUGCCCGGCUUCUCGCUACCCUGCCGGGGCCGGCGAGGCGAUGUGAGGCCGGAGGGGGAUUUGCGAGGGAACCUGCCUCCUUUCCCGCUCCCAUUGCUCCCCUCGUGCUGCUGCCUCCUGCCUCCUGCUUCUCUCCUGCGUCUUUCCAACUCUCCCCUGUCGCCACUGCCAAUCCCCGCCACGCAGUCAGCUUGUCAAAAAGGCUCGGCCAGCCCUGGGAAAGCAGGCCGCGGGCGCUGCCCCCCCGGCGGCGACGGCGGCGGGGAUCCGCGAGGGGAGCCUGGCACCCGGCCUUGCCGCCGGAGCAGCAGCCGGGCAACCUCCGCGUUCCACCAUCCUGCGGACCGGAGGUUGAAAGACCUGGGAGGGGACCCCCAUCCACCCUCCGACGGCUGUGUUUCUGCCUCCGCUCCUCAAAGGAAGAAUUAUCGGGACGCAGGGAGCCAGAAGACUUAAGACCGCCUGCUUCCAACAGCCGAGCCUACUGUUUGGGCCAUCGCUCCGGAGGCAGCGCCAUUGCUCCCGGCUUCCAGGGCUUCCAGGCUGCCAGUCUCCCGCACCGACACGGCUACUGCCCACAUCUCGGCCAGUCGGCCACAGUCCCUUCAGACCCUCCUCUGGCACACAGCCUUCUCCAUCACACAACGGCCUUGCUGUUGCUGUAAUUCCUCUUGUCUCCUAGGAGAAAUGACAUUCCGUUCCCAGGACUUCCACAGUCCACAUCUGCCACGUUUCACAAACGGAGGAAAACCCUGUCAAGAUCUGGUGUGUCCGGAUUUUUUAGUGGGCAGGAGAGGCCGCCUUUAGUAGGAGAGGCUAUUUACCUUAACGCUAAUGAAUCUUAAGCUUCACGACCCCUCAUUUGCAGGGCUUGUGCAAAGCCCUGUACUUAUUUUUGAUUCAUCUUUUGGUAUUAUUUUUGUUAAAGAGAGCUCCCCCCCUUCUUUUUACAAGUUUUGACCCCACAAAUCCCGCUCUGUCUUUGGAAUGUACACAACAUUUUGUGUAGGAUCAAGCCAUCUCACACCGUACGUGAAUCGAGCAGAGACUGACUUUCUUGUUUUAAUUGGUGAAGAGUAAAGGGUUUGGAGUCAGAAGUCCCAGCUCCAGUUCUCACCUUUCACCACCUUCAUAAUAGCAGCGUGUGAGUUUGAUCAAGUCACAACUUUACCUGAUCUCAGUUUCUUUGUCUAUAAAAUUAGAAUAGCAGUUCUUUCCUCUGCUUUCCUCCCCAGCAGUUGGAAAGUAAAACUGUAGGAUACCCCACAGUGUCACUUGCUGCAGUUACAGUGGGAGAAUCUUAGGUCCCAAGAAAUUUCUAAGUCUUUCACACACAGAUUUGGAGUCCAGGUGUUGAGGCUCCUGGCUCUGAACUUCUUGGCUGUGCCAUAGCACCUUUUGGUAAAGUGCUUUGGAAUAAAAUAGGGUGAACAUGAA